ACCCUCCUCCCUGCUGAGGGUCCAACCAUGCCCCGGCCUGGGGGACUUGGGAGGAGGCCUGGGAGCCUGGGGCCACCGGUGCGUGGCAUCCGGCCCUUUAAGUCCAGCGAGCAGUACCUGGAAGCCAUGAUGGAGGACCUGGCCGAGUGGCUUCGGGAUCUCUACGGGCUGGACAUCAACGCGGCCAACUUUCUGCAGGUCCUGGAGACAGGCUUGGUGCUGUGCCAGCAUGCCAACGCCAUCACUGAGGCCGCCCUGGCCUUCCUGGCUGAGGCACCUGCCCGAGCCCAAAGGAUUCCCCUGCCUCGGGCUGGGGUUUUCUGCAACGAAGCCGCGCAGCCCGGUACCUUCCAGGCCCGGGACAACGUCUCCAACUUCAUCCAGUGGUGUCGAAAGGAGAUGGGCAUCCGAGAGGUGGUGAUGUUCGAGACGGAGGACCUGGUGCUACGCAAGAACGUGAAGAACGUGGUGCUGUGCUUGCUGGAGCUGGGCCGCCGAGCCUGGCGCUUCGGCGUGGCGGCGCCCACCCUGGUGCGGCUGGAGGAGGAGAUCGACGAGGAGCUGCGGCAGGAGCUGGCCCUGCCCCCGCCGGACCCGCCGCCGCCCGAGCCCCCAGCGCGGCGGCCCUGCCACUUCCGCCACCUGGACCAGCUGGUUCAGAGCCUCGUGAGCCGCUGCACGUGCCCAGUUCAGUUCUCCAUGGUUAAAGUGUCUGAGGGGAAGUACCGCGUGGGGGAUUCCAACACCCUCAUCUUCAUCCGGAUCCUCCGGAACCACGUGAUGGUGCGCGUGGGGGGCGGCUGGGACACCCUCAGCCAUUAUCUGGACAAACAUGACCCCUGCCGGUGCACGUCCCUCUCACACAAGGCGGGCAGUUUCCAGAAGCCCCCUGCCCCACCGGUGCAGCAUGAGGUGAGGGUGCAGGACGGGCCCUCGCAGCCCCAACCAACGAUGACUAUCAGCCGUUCCCAGAGCCCGCUGCCCCCCGUGGACUGGAAGACAUAUACCUCUUCAGGCCGGAAGCUGAGGCCCCCCACCUCCUCCUCCCCUAGAGCCCACAGUAAAUGGGGAGCAGAGACGGGAGUCCCCAGAGAGACAGCAUCAUUCCUGAGGCACCAGGAGAAGUCACCCACCCCGUCUUGGAGGCAGCUGCCAGUGGGGGACAGCCCACUCAGCCCCCACUCCUCAUGCCCCCAUAGGGGCCGAGACCCACGGUGCACCUCCUCAGGGAAGAGGGAGGAGAGAUACUCCUCUGAACAUCCCAGAGGAAGGACUCCGACAUCUUGGAUUCAUGAGGAGACAGAUAGCCAGGGAGCUCACACCAGGGCCCCCACCUCCCAGAGAUUCCGAGCCCCUGAAGCCACCGCCAAAGGGACACCAGCAAGAGGACUAUCUCCACUGCCUCGUUCCUCCAGCCCAGCCAAGCCCAUGGGCCUCAGGCCACAACCCAGGGGUGAGGCUGAGGGUGCUUCCUCCCAGCUCAGGGAGCCAGCAGCUGUCCGCUCUCUGUCCCCUGUUAAAGGGCCCGCCAAGAUCUCUGUCCAGCUGCCCCCUGCCCGCCCCCCCACUCCAGGAAGCAGCUUUCCAGGUAUUGCAGGUGGAGGUCCCAUGACAGAAUUGGGGAGUGGCCCCCUCCCAAGGGCUGUCCUUGGGGACCUGGCUGGGUGCAGACAUGGGGACUUCUCUGCGGAUGCGAGACAAGGGGACCAGAAGUCGGAUACCCAGGUGACAGCAAAAGCUGGGGAGGCCUGGGGCCUGGGCCCACAGGAGUGGGAGGAGCAACAUCCUCCCCUGCCCCUGGGUGCAACCAAGGAUCAAGCUAUCUACCAUAGUCUCGAGGAGGAGCUUUUGGCCAACAUGAAGCUGCUAGAGGUGGGGGGUGCCUGCCCCCAGGGCACAGGGUCUGGAGUUAUCGCUCGAAGUGGAGUCUAUGUCCCUAGCCUAGGUGGGCGGUGGCCUGAGCCUGGGGGUCCUUAUGACAAAGUCAUCCAGGAACUGGCUCAGGGCCCCCCACCCCUCCUUAAAGUGGACCUGGGAGCCUGGAAGGCAGCCUCUACAGGCUCCCCUAAGCUAUCUGUUACCACUGGCCCAGGAAGCCCAAAAGGGAAACCGGAAGCCAGAGAGAGUGGGCCAAAGGUAAAGGCAAGCCUGAGUGCCAAGGGUACAGGGAUGAAGAAGGGACCAGCUCAAGGAAGGCAGGACUGCUCAGCCCCCACUGUGUCUGCCAGCCUGGAAGCCCCCACACCUUCACCCUCAGACCCCAAUUCUGACAAAACCCAGGCAUGUCCAGGCAAGGCCAAGAGAACACUCCGAAAGCCCCAGAGAGUCCCAUCCAUCUACAAGCUGAAGCUGAGGCCCAGAAUCCGGCCCCGGAGAGACCACAGGCCUGGGAGGCAGCCUUCACGAAUCCCCAGGCCACUGACCUACCUCCACCUGGGUUCAGCCAGGGCACCCCCAAGGGGCAGGCCAGUGAGAGCACUGGGCAGCAAGGGAGUGGGGGCAACCCCAGUGGAUGGAGCCUCAGCAGGGAAGGAGGAGGAAGGAACGAAGAGGGAAGAACCAGCUGCCCCACUGAAGAGCAGCCCCCAGCCUUUGGAGGGCAUAGGUCUCCAGCAGCUUGAUCAAGCCCCACUCCCACCCGAGGACGAGUCCUGGGUCUGAGGAGGAGCCUUCCCAGCCUUGAGCUUGUGAGUCUGGGGGAGAAGGGAGGUGAAAAGGAGGCCAUGUAUCCACUGGACUCCCAGCUGCAGGAACAGAGGGGCCUUGGCAGGGGAGAGGGUGUGGGUGGGGUCAGAAGACAAAUAUAGGUUCAAUCUGCUUGUUGGGCAAAGGGGCAACAACUCACUCCCACUCCCGGGGCACCGGGGCCACCCUAUGUCUUCUUGCCUCCCCCCAGAACAGCCCCCCAAACUCCUGGCCUCUGGCUAUGGCCACCAUUUUCACAACACUUAUAAGUUAUUAAACCCUUGUGGGUCUGUUUCAGAGCCCCAAACUUUUUGAGUCCCUCACUCGAGGAUUGUGGUGGUGCAGGAAGGCACAGUUUCAAGGGUUUUCCCAGGUGCAGGAAGGAAUAGCUUCAAGCGUUACCCACUGGAGUGGAAGGGGAUGAGGGACAGGGAGCGGGGGUGAGAGGUUUCCUCUCUUGAGGCCCCGCCAACCUUGCCAGACAGCCGCUCUCUCCUGGAAGCCACUGGUGUGUCAGCACCAAGGACAGGGACACACACAGGCCUUCAGGACUUCAAAGCUUUGCUCCGGGUUUUGGGAACUGAGAUCACUGGGAGUCAAGAGGGAUGGUGGAGAGGGUUCUUAUCACAUCUACAGCCGCGAAUGGGCCACAGCGGGUCAGCCACAAGUGGGAAGCUGGGAUUGAGUCCAGUUAUGAAAGUGUUCCCGAGAGUGGCGGGGGGAGACCUUUCCACUUCCCCCUCCAGUGGUUUUGAUCAGUGUGGGAGGGCUCAGAGGCUGGGUGGAGAGGUGAGUCCCAAACUCUUCUUAGUUCUCCUGGUUGACCCAGGCUCUGGGACUCAGAGCAACCUCAUCGCCCUGACGGUCCUUCCACAGCAGAGCUCAGCAGGCAGGCCCUGUAGGGGAGCCCUUUCCCUCCCAGGGCAGGAACUGAGCCAACACCUUGUACAGAAACAAGGGAAAACACUCCCUGAUUUUUAAUCUGACUUCCAAUCAGAUCAGCGCAAUGGGCAUCACACACACUUCCAGACCCUGUGGUGGGAAACCCUGGGGGGGGGGGGCGGUGGAGGGAAUCAAAAUCAAAUACCUGGAGUGCAGUGGAGGGGGUGAGGGGGGCCGGCCAGGCGAUACAUUCUAAUGGCUCCCAUAAGGGAGAGCCAGAGGCCUGGGUUCCCCAUGCCCACCUCAAGUGCCUCAGCUGGGGGUGACAAUGAUGGGGGCAGGUGAGAUGCUGCCAUCCCUCACCCCAUCCCCCUGGUGAACCAGGGGGCAGGGAUGCAGGGGAUAAAAGAGGCAGGCCCUCUUCCUUACCCUCCCAGACACUCCAAGGUGUGGGGAAGGGGAGCCACUUCCUCUGUUUCUGAGGGAGGCUCAGAGAGGGCGGGUCACUUGCCCAAAGUCAUGCAGCACAGCAGGGACUAGUACCCAGGCAUACCGGACCGCCAAGGUCAGGGCAGUCACUGCAGGGCUGUGCUACACCCCACCGGUGGAGGGAGAAUCAGCUGGGGAAGUGGAAGGGAGGAUCAGAUUCCCUCUCACAAUGGAUCUGGAUAAAUUCCCUACCCAUGACCCCUCCCCCCCAGACUCUGCUCCAUCACCACUCUGGGCUACCUGAUUUUCUGGUCUACACACUGCAGCUGGGCUACACGGAGGCUGGGUUGAUCUAUCUGCCCCUCUUCUAACAACGGACAUUCCUAUCCUCCCACCACAUCAGGACUCAGCCUCAAGGAGAACUCAGCCAGGGGCAGGGGACACGCACCAUUGCUCCCACCCUCCAAGUACCCCAGUAAUCCCUCAGGCCGCUCCUAGUAUCUUCAUGGAUUUUGUUAUUUCUAAAUCGGUACAAAACUGACAGUGAUCAGCUCCGGUGACGAGAGGUAGAAACCGGCCAGGCAGCCGGAGAAAAUGGGGUGGAGUGAGUCAGGGCAUAGGUCCAAACUGGUGUUGGGACAAGGGGGCAUCAGAUCCUGAGGGCCUCUAUAUAGGGGUAGGGGUGUGGGCAUAUCUCCCCCAAGCACAGAGGUCCCCAUAAUUCUUUUAGUGGCUCUACCCCUCCCCAGAUUUAUCAGAGAAAUCUGAGAUUCAAGGCAGGCAGGGUCGGGGGCACUCAGAUUGGAGUGGGAUGGGGAGAUAAGAGUCUUUACUAGCACAACCUAACUGCUCUCCCCCAACCCCGGGACACCAUCUUGCCCACCACCAGCCCCUCAAACCCAACAUCCCCCAAUCUUGCAAACCACCCAACACAGGAGGGAAUAGAGGGCUGGAACCUGGCAUCGUGGAAAUAAAUUUAUCCUUUGGGGGAUUCCCUCUCCACACUCCCGUCGAGAAAAAAAAAGUUUUAACCCAGGGGGUGAUCUGGCUUUGGGGUCAGGAAGGGGAUGAGGGGCACCCGGCAGGGAUGGACCAUCGAGUUAAGGCUGGAAGGUAGGUUGUUGUGUCUCUGGGGGCUGCUGGGCGGGGAGAUCUCCCUGGAAGGGGGAGAGCUCAGCCUUCUCCUCCUGACUGACCUGGGAUCUCAACCCUUGGACCCCGAUUACGGUCCUUGGGCCACCCGCAACUCUCUGCCCUGUGCCGGUGGUGCUGACGGUCCAAAGGCUGGCCUCACAGAGAAG